AUGGAACCCGAAGACGCUGCCGACGGAGCCACCAUCGAGGAGGACGAGAUCUACGCGAACGGCGGCGCCGGCGAGCCGCAGCGGCAUCGCCCGAUCAUCAGCGGCGAGCAGCUCGAUGUCGAGGCGUACGCUGCGCUGUACGCCGGCCGGACGAAGAUCAGCCGCCUCCUAUUCAUCGCCGAGAAGUGCGGCGUCGCGUCCAUGGAGCUGGAGGCCCUGCGGUUGGCGUACGACGAGAUUAAGAAGGGGGAGAACACGCAGCUGUUCAGGGAGGUCGUGACGAGGAUUGGCGGGAGGCUGGGCCCGAAUUACGGCCCAGAUAACGCCUGGGCCGAUGCUAUGGACCGGAGGGCUGAGCUGAGGAAGGAGAAGCUCGAGAACGAGCUGAAUGCUUACAGGACAAACUUGAUCAAAGAAAGCAUUCGAAUGGGAUACAAUGAUUUUGGAGAGUUCUACUAUGUGCAUGGUCAACUUGGUGAGGCAUUCAAGAAUUAUGUCCGGACACGUGACUACUGCACCACGUCGAAGCAUAUUAUUCAAAUGUGCCUGAAUGCAAUCUUAGUUAGCAUUGAGAUGGGUCAGUUCACGCAUGUUACGAGUUACGUUAGCAAGGCCGAGCAAAGUCAAGAUGCUCUGGAUCCUGUUACAGUUGCGAAACUGCGUUGUGCUGCUGGAUUGGCUCAUUUGGAAGGGAAGAAGUAUAAGCUUGCUGCAAGAAAGUUCCUGGAAACUGGCCCUGAACUGGGGAACAAUUACAAUACUGUAAUCGCACCUCAAGAUGUUGCAACCUAUGGCAGUCUAUGCGCACUUGCAAGCUUCGAUCGUGCAGAACUGAAGAGCAAAGUCAUUGACAACAUCACCUUCAGGAAUUUUUUAGAAUUGGUUCCUGAAAUAAGGGAGUUGAUCAAUGAUUUCCAUACUAGCCACUAUGCUUCCUGUCUGGAGUAUCUCGGGAAUCUCAAGGCAAAUUUGUUACUCGAUAUCCAUUUACACGACCACGUCGAGACUCUGUACGAGCAAAUACGAAGCAAAGCCCUCAUCCAAUACACGCUCCCUUUUGUCUCUGUCGACCUCCGUAUGAUGGCAAAUGCAUUCAAUACAAGUGUUACGGGCCUGGAGAAGGAGCUUGAAACUCUCAUCACCAAAGACCAAAUACAGGCUCGUAUAGACUCUCAUAACAAAAUUCUAUAUGCUCGGCAUGCGGAUCAGAGGAACGGGACAUUCCAGCGUGUUUUGCAGACUGGCAACGAAUUUGAUCAGGAAGUGAGGGCCAUGCUUCUGAGGGCAAACCUCAUAAAACAUGACUUUAACCAGAAGGCAUCAUCCAGGAAGCACUAG